GGCAGCUUUGUGCCAGCAGAGGAGGCUGAAAUUGGGGCAGUAGAUGCCAUCUUCACACGAAUUCAUAGCUGUGAAUCCAUCUCACUUGGCCUCUCCACCUUCAUGAUCGACCUCAACCAGGUGGCAAAAGCAGUGAACAAUGCCACUGCACAGUCACUGGUCCUCAUUGAUGAAUUUGGAAAGGGAACCAACACGGUGGAUGGACUCGCGCUUCUGGCCGCUGUGCUCCGACACUGGCUGGCACGUGGACCCACAUGCCCCCACAUCUUUGUGGCCACCAACUUUCUGAGCCUUGUCCAGUUACAGCUGCUGCCACAAGGGCCCCUGGUGCAGUAUUUGACCAUGGAGACCUGUGAGGAUGGCAACGACCUUGUCUUCUUCUAUCAGGUCUCAGACUUGAUCCGCAGUGGAAAACCCAUCAAGCCUGUCAAGGAUUUGCUAAAGAAGAACCAAAUGGAAAAUUGCCAGACAUUAGUGGAUAAGUUUAUGAAACUGGAUUUGGAAGAUCCUAACCUGGACUUGAACAUUUUCAUGAGCCAGGAAGUGCUGCCUGCUGCCACCAGCAUCCUCUGAGAGUCCUUCCUGUGUCCUCCCCAGCCUCCUGAGACCCCAAGCCAUGGGGAGCCAGGGCUCUGGCGGGAUGCCCUUGGUGCAGGUUCCCUACACAGUCCUGCUGCUGCCGCUGGGAACAAGCCGCCAAGACCCGGGGGCCCGGAGCUUCUUCCUUUGGCUGCGGAGGAUGCAGGCUCUGGAGAGAGAACAGGAUGCCCUGUGGCAGGGGCUGGAGCUGCUACAACAUGGCCAGGCCUGGUUUGAAGACCGUCUGAAGGAGGCACAGCAACAGCAGCUGCAUCUAGGGGCCCUUGGUGAGAAUUUUCUAACAGAUUUACACUCAGAGCCUGGUGGCCCCCCGUUAGCCCAGAUUCAAAAGGUGAACAUCUGUUUGCAGAAUCUGAUUCAUGAGAAGUUCUCCCCAAGUCCACUGAACAAGGCUAGUUCCUGCACCACCCAGGAUUCAAAGGAAAGACGAAGGAAGCAGAACUUGUGGCGGCAACAGGAGUUGUCAAGGCAGCAGAAAGGAGUCACCCAGCCAAAGGAGGAGAUGGCUCAACGGGGCUGCACCAACGGGCCAAGAGGCCCUACCCGUGUCUAAACCCUCCUCUCACUCCCUUAAGCCUGGUGAAACAGUCAGAAGCCCCAGGCUCCUUUUUCUGUUUCUUAACUCAACAGCUAAAAAAUGGCUCCAGGUAGUGAGUCAAUGAAGUUCAGACAUCUUGGUGUAAUGUUUCUCCUCUGUUCCUGAAAACUUCACCUUCUUGGUGUCUCACGUCCUCAUUCUCCCCUAUAUGACGUGCAAAAAUGAUCUUUGAAAUCCCUCUGGGGAGAAGACAUGUUUAUUGAAACUGUCCUUCAGCCUUAAAUACAAAAAUAAAACCAAAGCUGCUCCAGAAAGCAACUUUCUCCAAAAA